UCAAGUCAAAACAAAACCACAGACGCCAUAGAGAGAGAGAGAGAGAGAGAGAGAGAGCUAUAUUACCCAGCACCCUCCCUCUCUCUAUCUAUCGCUCCUUCCUUCUCCCCUCCUUUUUUUUCACUCAUCACUCGACGCACGGAGUUAGUUAACGGGAGACAUGGAGGUCGCCGCCACUUGCAUGCCCCUUGCUCACGCUCAUGGCGUUGGUGUCCUACCGGCAUGGUCGUCACCGUCGACAGCAGCAGCAACAGCACGCUCCGUGACGAGGCAGAGCUACACCUACACGAGGAGGAAGCGCCUCGCCACCGCGCGAGGCGUCAUGGCGAGGCCGCAGGAGGUGGUGGUGGCGCCGGCGCCACCAGCGAGGCCGACACCACCACCACCAACAACAACAAAGGAGAGAACAGCGCUGGCGCCGCCGCCCACCACCACCACGUACCACGACAGUUGGUUCGACAAGCUGGCCAUCGGGUACCUGUCCCGGAACCUUCAAGAAGCUUCUGGGAUGAAGAACGGAAAGGACGGCUACGAAGGCCUGAUAGAGGCGGCACUGGCCAUCUCCGCGCUGUUCAGGGUUGAUCAGCAGUUGGAGACUGUGGCCAAGGCUCUCGAACAGGCCUUCCCCAGCUACAUCCUCACAAUGAUAAAGAUAAUGAUGCCACCCUCGAGAUUUUCUCGAGAGUACUUUGCCGCCUUCACCACGAUAUUCUUCCCUUGGCUCGUUGGACCAUGUGAGGUCAGGGAAUCCGAAGUUGAUGGAAGGAAAGAGAAGAAUGUGGUCUACAUACCCAAAUGCAGAUUUCUGGAAAGCACCAACUGUGUCGGAAUGUGCACGAACCUUUGCAAAAUCCCAUGCCAGAAGUUCAUCCAAGAUUCACUUGGCACGGCUGUCUACAUGUCUCCCAAUUUUGAGGACAUGAGCUGUGAGAUGAUCUUUGGACAGCAACCUCCUGAAGAUGAUCCAGCACUGAAGCAGCCCUGCUUCCGGACAAAAUGCAUCGCAAAGCAGAACCAUCAAGUGAAUUGCUCUAUUUGAUUUGAGAGGAAGAGGAUAUGUAAAUUAUUAGACUAAUAUCAGUAAAACACCCAAAAUUCCAUGCCUUCAUGUUUAUUCCCUUAGUAAGCAGCAUCAGCUUCAUAGAUUCUUUUUACUUGAAAACAUAGCAGAAGGCAAUUCUAGUAUACAUCAAAUUUUUAGGAAACUGGUUGCUGAUCAAGAGGAUUGAAGAGGAAACACAAGAUAUGCCUUUGGAAAAUGCACAGCAUUUUAGUGAAUCCUUCAUUAGUUAUAAGAAAGAUAUAUUGAAGAAGUGUGAAGAAUGGAAUUACCUGUACCAGAAAAUUUCAUAUUAAUAGAAGAAACUUGUUUGCAAAAAAAUAAGGUGGGCCAUGUUGUAUAUCGGUCAGAUUUAAACCAACUCUUAUCUGCGUUAUGAAUCAAAUUAUUGUGCAGAUUACUAUGACAAAAUUGAAAACUAAAAGCCUGCAACUAACAGUCUUGUAACUCACAUUUAGUAUGAGUCCUUACAGACGGGGAUAAAAUUUUCUUUGGGCCUGGUUCCAACAGCUGGGAACAAAACCUUCAGAUUUCCAUGCGAUGUCAGAAUUUCACUCGAUACUCCCCUCUAAUAAAUUGUGAUGCUUUCUUCAGAUCAGAGUUUCUUACAAUGUUUUGUGCAGUCACACAGGACAACUGCCUGAUAGCGUGAAACGCCAAAAUAGGUAAUACUUUCAGAUGCAACAGUAUGGACAGAUUCAUAGCUCUGAAUAUCUCCUGGUAUAUUGUAAAAAUUAUAUCUCACACCACACAGCCUCCAUUGUCGUGUCAACAAUUCGUUAUGCUAUGUUACAAAGGGAAUUUAGCAAAAAAUUCACAAGCUGUGGAUUGUAUCCCAGAACGGAUGAUUGUGGCCCUAGAAAAAAGAACAGUUGUUUCUACAUCUUGAUUUUAGAUACAGUGGUAAGUAAAUCAUGAUGGACUUGACUAAAUAACAGAGAAAAAGUAUUGUGAAUUUAAUGGUAUUACUGGAGAAUAAUACGUGGGAUCUACCCAUCUGAAUAUGCCACUUUCUACAACCUAGAGCACUUACAACAUAUAUCUAAACAAAAAAUCAUAGAGCACAACAGAGUCAAGACAAGGAUAGCAAUCACUACCGACAUGGGUCUUGUGCAGUCUGCAGUGUG